CUGAUAACACCAAUAUUACCAGUGGUUGAUCCAUCAUCUGUGACCACCACCACCUCAUUGGCCCCGCGUCAUGCUUCAUUGUCAUUGUCAAGCACUGCUGAAUCUCCACUGAACGGUGAGUUAAUGCACGAACGCACGAGAACGUCUUCUGUCUUCUCUUUCACACCGCAACCAUCAGUGAUAACCCCACUUCUGAAGCAUUACUCUGUCAACCCACAAGCCAUUCCAUACCUCACCUAUCCACCCAUUUUAUCGACUCCCACUCAAACAUACACCACCAUCGCACCAUCGCAUCAACAUCCAUCUCAAGCAACGACAACUCGAAACGGUUGGUUGCAACGUUUCGAGAUUGAAGAGUACGAUUCGGAUGAUGAGCAAAGCGACUCGAAAGUGCACGAGGGAUCUGAGGGAUCUGGACGAGAGAUGUUUUUGUGGCCAACGCCUCGCGUCUCACUGCCUCCGUUUCAGGUGACCUCUGUAACGCCACCAGUAGUGCAAUUGCUACCCACAACUACCAUCAUGACUAAAACGUCUAGAUUUUUGCCUGUGCAUGGCCCACACAUGGGACAGAUUGUGCCUACGAGGCCAGCAUAUAUUUCGGCAACUCGUAAACCGUUGUCGAAGUGGCGUGCACCCGGCUAUGCUGCUGACCCAAAAUGGUGGCGUAGUCGAGAAUUCGAUCGAACUAAUGAUGGCUUGGCGGAUGUUCGAGUACGCACAACCCCUUCACAGAGACAGCAACANCAGCAACAACAGCAGCAGCAUUUGCAUUCGAUCGCAACAACGCAAUUACCAGCAGCACAGACUGAACGUUCUCGGAACAUCAUCACUUCUCUAACCACUGCUCAUCCCGUUAGCACUGCAACAACAGCAACUAUCACGCGACUUCACAAUGCUAAUCGCUUGAUUGAAACAUCAAAAUUGCCAUUUGCACAUCACUUCACCAGUCCGUCCAACGCAUCAUCGCCGUACUCGUCCUCAACUGCUAUCGAUAAAUUUCUGAUUGAUACAAUCGAUAGUAGUGAUUCACAAUCGGAUUCUAUCCACACUGCUAAUGAUAAUGUUGUUGAGGUCACGAAAAUAAGUGCAUCUGACGUAGGCGCAUUAUUAACGCCACUUCCACCUAAACGCACCACAACACCAUUCACCUACUUAUCAUUGUUUCAUGUGCGGCCAACAAGCCUGAUUACACGUCAAAUUCCAAUAACAACUCUCGCAACGAGCACAACUCGGCAAUCACCAGCAGCAUCAAUCAGCACAAAACAUCAUCACUCAGCGUUAACACCUCCCAUUAUCCCGUUUUAUGCCUCAUCCAGCACCUUAUCUGCCUCAAAAUCAAUUCCCUUUGCCACUAAACCAUUCACUGCAGUAGCAUCACAUCCGAGUCUAACAUCACCCGCACCACCGCACCUCUAUCGCUUUUUACCCUCUGAUCGUACUUCUGCUUCCACAACACAUCUUCAAAAAUCUACAAUGACUGGCGCUGAAUUGUCAGCGAAAGACCACCAAAAGGUUCGUAUCGCAGUCGAAUAUGACAAUGAUUAUUUUGAAGAUUUCUGGUCGGAUAUCGGUGCUCCACGUAUCAUUCUCAGUAAGGAUAUUCUUUCUUCUACUGUGUCACCGAAUGCUUCAACUGAUUCGACUGCUACCCAAUCCACGGCUGCUCUAUCUGCAAUUGCAACCGAAUUCUCAACUGAAUCGAUAUCUUCAAAGUUUUCAACACCAACAUCGCCGCUCGCUAAAGGUGUUGUAACUGAAUCAAAAACUAAAUCAAAUUCAGAAAAAAAUUUCACAGCAACGAAGUCUUUCAAAGAAGCUGUUGUGAGCAAGGAAAGCAAAACGACGACGACGACCACACUGGCACCCUAUGUACUAACGAAAGCAACUAACAAAAAUUCAUUUUGGCCGAGACCCGCAGAUAGUUUUGAAGCAGAGCAAAACUACAAACCGGAUCGUACUCACGUGCUGUCACCGGUUGGAGCAUUGACCACGACCAGGCAUCGGACGAGAACAACAUUGGCCAGCCAUACGGUUUAUGCAGUCAGGCCGACCACCCCCAUGGGUGAUAUUAUGACGACUACUUCGAAGGGCUCCGCAACUCCGAACGACUUCCCACGAACUGCACUAAUUUCAAUUGCCUCUUUAUCGGUUAUUAUCAUUAUUGCCAUUGUCGUCUUCUGCGUAUUCAGGUGUCGUCAAAGUGGACCGUCGACGGACCAGUAUCCAAUGGUGUGCAAUGGGAAACAAUCCGGUUACGCACCAAUACCCACCGAGAUGUCUCCACAAAUGGUGCAUCAUGAUGCGGCGGCCGCGCAUCAUGCGUCACCAUCGGUCGGUGGACCGUUCCUUCAGACCCGUGUCAACCAACUGAACGGCUAUCAGCCAAUCAAGGGUGCCGUUAUACCGAGUGCUGCCGGCGGCUCAAAGAGCGGAAACGGUAUGGCGAGUGGUGGAGCGAGGAAGAAAGAAUUCAAAGAGUGGUAUGUGUGA